AUGGAGAAUCUAGAGCAAGAGAACAGAGAGCUUAAGGAUGAGAUUGCUAGAAUCACAUCUUUGAUGGAGUUUGUGAAUGCUGCUCAGAAUCAACCAUCUUCGCCUCCUGCAACUUCUCCUCCUCAGAGGACUGUUAUUUCAGAGAUUGCUUCAACGUCUAUGCAUGUGGUAGCUAGCCAGUAUGCGCCUGCCAUGCCUGGGUAUGCUCCAACCUUUGCUUCUAUGCCGACAUCUAGCCCGGUCUUGUGUGUACCUCCUCCUAUUGUGCAUACUCUACCUCGUGUCAAGGAAAUCGUCUAUCAUUCUGAGCCUUCUGAAGGCCCCGAUGUUUAUGAGAAGAUGGACGAGAUAAAAGAUCAAUUUCUAGAGCUACGAAAGGAAUUGAAGACCUUAAGAGGGAAAUAUUUGUUCGGUAAAAGUGUUGUUGAGUUAUGCUUAGUGCCUGAUAUUAAGAUCCCAGUGAAGUUCAAGGUCCCAGACUUUGAAAAGUAUAAGGGGAAUACCUGCCCUUUGAGUCAUCUUGUUAUGUAUGCUCGAAAGAUGUCUACUCAGACCGACAAUGAUCAACUACUCAUUCAUUACUUCAAAGACAGUCUAACUGGUGUUGCACUCAGAUGGUAUAUGGGAUUGGAUAAUGCCAAUGUUCGUAAUUUUAAUGACUUGGGUGAGGCCUUUGUUAAACAAUACAAGUAUAAUGUUGAUAUGGCUCCGGAUCAGGAUCAAUAG